AAAACAUUACUAAUAAGCAAAUGAAUGAAAUUGAAGAGUGGCAGCCCCCCAGGAUUUCCCGUUACAUCCGAGGGCGCUAAAGGAAGUACACGUAGUAGAGUAGAUGCCCUGCUUGAAAUCUUGCUAAGUUCCCUACAUGCAGGAGUUGUCGCUCGAGAAUGGAAAAUUGCACACCAUUGCGAGGGAAGCAGGGAAUUGCAGACCAGUUAGCCUAACAUCUGUGGUAAGGAAAAUGUUGGAGUUUAUAAUCAGGGAUGGGGUAACUGAGCACCUUGAAAAUUCUCAGUUAACCAGUGAAAGCCACAGAGCCAGCAUGGAUUUAUGACAGGUCGUGCCAACAAACCUUACUGAAGUUUUGAAGAGGUGGCUGAGUUAUGGACAUAGGAAUGUCAAUGGAUGUUGCUUAUAUGGAUUACCAGAGGCAUUUGAUAAAGUCCCACAUAAGAGGCUAAGUUAGAAACCUAUGAUAUUGAGAGCAAGUUACUGACAUUGUGACUGGUGAAGCAGCAGCUGAAAUUGGUUGAAUGGCAAGUGACAAAAAGAAUGGUUAAUGGGUAGGAACUCAAUUUGGCAAGAUGUGAUCAGUGGUAUCCCAUAGGAUCUCUGAUAGACCCUCAAGUUAUUUACAUUAUUUAUUAAUUAAUUGGAUAAUGACACAAAUAGCCAUAUAUCAAAAUUUGCAGAUGAGACAAUGUUAGGUGGAACCCCAGCAUCUGUCGCAACACUGCAGACUUCUUACAGAAACUCUGCACUCACGGCCUAGUCAAACAAGGAAUAUUCCUCGUUACAGCUUCGCUUCGACAGCCUCAGUACGCAACACCAACAAUUGUCAAUCUCUGAACACCAUCCUACAAAUCAUCUGCUUCAUCCUCGACGUUUUCACCUUUGACAACCAGUCCUUCAUCCCGACACAUGAAACAGCCACGGGGACCAAAUUUACACCCCAAUAUGACAACAUUUCCAUGCACAAGUUUGAACAAGACUUCUUUACUGCACAGGACCUCCAACCAGCAUUAUACACCAGAUAUGUUAAUGACAAUUUCUUCCUCUGGACCCGUGGCAAGGAGUCACUGAAACAACUGCACAGUGAUAUCAUCAAGUUUCAUCCCAUCAUCAGAUUUACCAUGGACUACUGUUAAGUAUCUGUCUCAUUCUUAAACACACACAUAUCCAUCAAGGAUGGGCACCUCACUCUACCACAAACCCACGGAUUACCUCACGAUGCUGCACUUCUCUAGAUUCCACCCUAAAUGUAUUAAAACAGCCAUUUCAUAUGGAUAAGCGCUACGCAUACACAGGAUCUGCUCAGAUGAGGAGGAACGCGAUGUACACCUGAAGAUGCUGAAGGGUGCCCUCAUAAGGACAUGGUAUGAUGCUCAACUCAUCAAUCGCCAGUUCUGACAUGCCACAGCAAGAAACCGCAAUGACCUCCUCAGGAGACACAGGAUGCAACCAAUAGGGUACCCUUUGCUGUUCAAUACAUCCCGGGAGCGGAGAAACUACUCCAUGUUCUUUGCAGUCUGCAACACACUAUCGAUGAGGAUGAGCAUAUCACCAAAAUCUUCCCUCUGCCUCCCCUUCUCGCCUUUUAAACAAACCCCAAAAUGACAACAAAUGAAUGGACACCGUGCAACAAUCGCCAGAGCGGGAUGCUCCCUCACAGUCAAGGAACACCUCAGCGGUUAGGGACAUUCGGCCUCAGAUCUUCGGGUGACCAUCCUCCAAGAUGGACUUUGGAAUGUGCACCAAUGCAGAGUGGCCGAGCAGACGCUGGUAGCCAAGUUCAAUACCCACAAGGACGGUCGUAACUGCAACCUUGGGUUCAUGUCACACUACACGUGUCCCCACUACACUCUCUCUUCCCGCUUCCCCCCCUCCCCUUUUCACAUACACACGCACAAGUCACCACACUCUCACCCAUGCACACACCCUCUUGUGGGCGUAUAAUCUGUCAUACUCGCGCAUACACUGCCAAGCACACACACAUGCAUCCUCCUCCCUCACGUGUGUAUAUACACACACACAGAGUCUAUGGGUGAAUUUAUAUUUGCAGAUAUAUUCUAAUUUUGCUCAAAAAGCACAGAACCUGCAGGUAAUCAAUGCAGGUAGUUAAUCCAAAUAACAUUUUAUAAAUUCCUACUUUGGAAAUAGAAAGAAUCUAACUCAAGAUUGGGAUACAGACUCUAACCUCACACCUUAUACACUGUCUGAGCCAAGAUGUCACUUUUAAGUUAUCUCGAGAAUGUGAUUUAAAAUAAGUUCUGGGAUUUACAUAUUAAUGAACCGAAACCUGCAACACAUUCUAAAAGAUGAAAAACUUAACUGCAAUCUAGAUUCAAUAUAUCAUUUUAAUUGCAUGACACUAUGAUCUUUUGCUAUAAAUUGUGUUUUAGAGAAUCCGUACAGUGUGGAAACAGGCCCUUUGACCCAACACGUUUACACCGUGGGUGGCACGGUGGCACAGUGGCUAGCAUUGCUGCCUUACAGCGCCAGAGACCCAGGUUCAAUUCCCGCCUCAGUUAACUGUCUGUGUGGAGUUUGCAUGUCUGCAUGGGUUUCCUCCCACAGUCCAAACAUGUGCAGGUUAGGUGAAUUGGCCAUGCUAAAUUGCCCGUAGUGUUAGGUGUAGGGGAAUGAGUCUGUGUGGAGUGCUCAUCCCCAUCGGUAAUGUGUUGCACACUGUGAAGAACAUGGUGUAGUUUCUCCGCUCCCCCGGGUGCCCUCAUAAGGACAUGAUACGAUGCUCAACUCAUCAAUCGCCAGGUCUGACAUGCCACAGCAAGAAACUGCAAUGAGCUCCUCAGGAGAGAGACACCAGAUGCAACCAAUAAGGUACCAUUCACUAUCCAGUACUUCCCGGGAGCGGAGAAACUGCGCUAUGUUCUUUGCAGCUUCAAUACAUUAUUGAUGAGGUUGAGCACCUCGCCAAGACCUUUCCUACACCUUCACUUCUUGUCUUUAAACAGCCACCAAAUCUUAGACAGACUAUUGUUGGCAACAAACUGCCCAGCCUACAGGACAACAUCGACCACAACACUGUACAACCCUGUCAUGGCAACCACUGUAGGACGUGUCAGAGUGUCAACAUGGAUAUUACCAUUACACGUGGGAACACCAUCCACCAUGGCAGGUACUCAUGCGACUCGGCCAACGUUGCCUAUCUGAUAGGCUGCAGGUUUUGAUGCCCCAAGGCAUGGUACAUUGGUGAGACAAAGCAGAUGCUACAACAAUGGAUGAAUGGACACCACGUGACAAUCACCAGACAGGGAUGUUCCCUCCCAGUUGGGGAACACUUAAGCGGUCAGGGAUGCUCAGCCUUGUAUCUUCGGGUGACCGUUCUCCAAGGCGGACAUCAGGAUAUGUAACAAAACAGAAUGGCCAAGCAGAGGCUGAUAGCCAAGUUCGGUGCCCAUGAGGAUCGCCUCAACCGGGAUCCUGGGUUCAUACCACACUCCAGUUACAGAAAUGAAGCGAAAUAAAUGGCAUCGUAGUCACCAGUAUGGGUGGCAUGAUCGCCAACGACGACAUCAUCCAAGGAGAUAUCGGGGACAUGAUAGGCACUCAUCAAGGGAAUGGAACCAGAGAUCUGAUCCUUAUGCAUCUGUAAGUGGUUUAAGUGAACAGAAUAGUUCAGCAACUGAAUCAACAAGCAGUGCCUCAGUGUCGACUGAUGUGCCAGAGUUGCCGGGCUUUUACUAUGAUCGCAAAAAGGACAGAUACUUUAGGCUGUUACCUGGACACAAUAACUGUAACCCUCUAACUUGGGAAUCGAUUAGGAAAACGGAAAUGGAGGAAAAGCGAUUGAAGAAGUUGGAAGAGGAUGCUAAAACUAAGCUGGUGGUUAGAAUGGGUCUGAAUCUCACGAGGCUCCUACAGAAAAGACAUUCUGGAUUAAUGAAACCAGCAUCAUGUUUGCGAUUUAUUCAAGAACUCAAGGUCAGUGGGAUGAGAAAGAAUAAAUUGGACAUUCGGAGUUUGGAUUCGUCCAUGCAAAGCAAUUUCCAAAUGCUUUUGGCAGACACCAACGUGGAGCGGAUAUUUGCUGCAAUAACUGAUAAGGCUGGCUACAAAUAUGGAAUUUUAAAUUUGGAUGGACAUCGGAAAGAAUCGCAACUUAUUUCUGUGGAUAUGUGUGACAAUCUCUACUCCACGCAUCGUAAGGGGACUGCAGCUUGUUGGGCGUCUCUGAACGGCCGUGAUUCUCAUGUCUUGCUUUGCCUUUCUGGCAAUGCGGAUGUACCGGGAUGUAUUAGCCUACUUCCAACUUCAAUCUUCAGUGACUCAAAUCCUGCGGAUCACCUGAGUAUGCUGUGUAACUUUAGGAGUUCAAUGGUCUGGUCUUGUGCCUGGUGCUUCAAUCCACAAGCUGAUAAAUGCUUCAGUACAGGUUUGUUGAACUGUGUCUGUGUGACCGAUGCCGUAACAGGUCAAAAACAGAUAUUCUACACAAACAGCAGUGUUCUUGCUCAGCAGUUUGCUCGUAGGGCCCCUGUGUUGUAUAAUGGCUGUCGAUCGGGAGAGAUUUUCAGCCUAGACAUCAGACAACGAAUGGCAAAAGCCCUGAGCUGGGCAGGUACAACAAUCUCCCAAAACUCUGCUGUGACUUCCAUCCAGCUCUUACAGGAUGAAAAUUACCUCUUGGCUGCAGACAUGAUUGGAAAGAUUAAACUUUGGGACCUGAGGACUACAAGAUGUGUUAAACAGUUUGAGGGUCAUCAUAAUGAGUGUGCUUAUCUCCCUAUUCAUCCCCAUGAAGAAGAAGGUGUUCUUUUAGCUGUUGGACAAGAUUGCUACACUCGAAUCUGGAGUCUACAUGAUGGUACCCUCCUUCGAACAAUUCCAUCUCCUCACUCUAUUUCCAAGGACUCCAUUCCCAGUAUAGUUUUCUCUUCACAGUUGGGAGGAAGAAAUGGUGUACCUGGACUUCUGAUGGCAGUCUAUCAUGAUCUAUAUCACUUCUCAUACAGCUCCAAUCACUGACUGUAACAGUGAGAGAAAAUCAAAAAUAUAGUUCACAUGGCACCAGCUCUGAGGCACAGCCAACAAUAAUGAGAUUUGUUAAGUGAAGAAGAAAGGUUUCAAGCCAUUAUAUUUUUCUAAUCUCCUCCAGCAGUGAUGUUUUUAAAAUACGUGUGUGAAGAGCAGAAGAGGCUGAACAGCUGGUCCUUUAAGUUUGUGUACUUAAUGGAAUAUUGUAUUGUGCUGGUUACAUAAAAUUUAAAUGAAUAAACUUUUCUUUUGUUAGA